AUGUUUGAGGACCUGAACCCAUGGUCUGGUUUCCAUAACUUGACCUCUAACCUCUUGUUCCACACAGGAGAUCAUCCUCAUCUGUACACAAAGUUGGAGAAGAAGCUUCAGUCAUCGACUUUGGGCAGAAAGAUGGUCCACUGCUCAGACUGUCAGAGAGGAUUCUACAAGUGGUCCCACCUGGAAGCCCACCAACGCAUCAACUGUGGCCUGAAACCCAAAGUGUGCUGGCAGUGCGGGAAGACUUACCCAACCCUCCUGAGUCUUGUUACACACCAGCAAGUCCACAACCGGCAAAGGCCGUACCGGUGCUCCUACUGCGACAAGACCUUCGCCCUGAAGAGGGACUGGAAGACUCACCACCGGACCCACUCGGGGACCAAACCUUUCAAAUGCUGGUUCUGUGGGGAUGGCUUCAGUGGCGAGAACGAGCUCAGUGCACAUCUGGAUGUGCACCAAGAUGAGAAGUGCUACCGCUGUGAUGUGUGUGGGAAGAUGUUUGUCUCCUAUCAGGGCUUCAAUUUCCACUGCAACUCACACAAAAGCCAGAAGCUCCACCCAUGCCCCAAGUGCUCCAAGACGUUCGCCAACCCUCAGAGCUUAAAGGUCCACUGUGUCACACACUCCAACAGGCGGCCACACAAGUGCCACACCUGUGGAAAAGGCUUUAAGCUGUUGACAGGUUUACGGAUCCACCAGCGGAGCCAUGAGGGCCUGAAGGAGUACCACUGUGCAGAGUGUGACAAACGCUUCUGCAGCCUGCAGGGCCUGAAGCUGCACAACCGCACGCACACGGGACUGAAGCCCUACCAGUGCCCAGAGUGCGGCAAGAGGUUCACACAGUCGCCACACCUCAAGUCCCACAUGGUCACCCACACCGGCGAGCGACCGUUCCUCUGCACAACCUGCGGAAAGAGGUUCACGCAGUCAUCCCACCUGAACUCUCACAUCACCCUCUUCCACAAAGGCGAGAAGCCGUUCAGCUGCACCGACUGCGGGAAGAGCUUCACCAUCGCUCACUACCUGAAGAUCCACCGCCUGAGCCACACCAAGGAGAAGCUGUACCAGUGCACAUACUGUGAGAAGGCCUUCUCCUACCACAACUCCUGGCGAGCGCACGAGCGCAUCCACACCGGUGAGCGUCCGUUCAGCUGCCACGAGUGCACGCAGAGCUUCAUCACGUCGGGCUCACUGCUGAACCACCAGAGGGCCAAACACACCGGGGAGAAGAGCCACUACUGCUUCACCUGUGGCGAGUUCUUCUUCACCAGCUCGCUGCUGCGCGUGCACCAGCUGGACCACACCGGAGAGCGGCCGCACGCCUGCAGCUGCGGCAAGACCUUCAAGACCAGAGGCGUGCUGCGCUACCACCUGAAGAGGUUCACGGAGCAUCAGUCGGCCCAGUGA